AUGGUCAGGGCACAGACAAUUGGAGAUUCCAGGUCCAGGACUGCACAAUCAAAUAGUACUUGUGUAACCUCCAUUGACAUGGAACUCUUCCUGCACUAUUCACUCAUUCCAUCAUUUUUCAUAAUUAUGGUUCUGUCCUUCCUCCAAAGAAGAGUUCACCACAAGCAUCUAGAUGACAAGUCAUACCUCCUUGGUAGCCGUUUUGGGAUUGUAAUGCCGCUGGAUUUCAUCGGAACAUUCAACAAUCGAUGGUCAUAUGGAAUUGCAUUUGGAGCUACAGCCAAUAAAGUAAUGUUCUUAUUUUCUGAGGGCUACCAGCCCCUGCAAGUACCACAAUGGGCCCAAGCUAUUGUGCUCCUGAUAGGAGGAAUUGAAGUUGGACUCUCACAUUUUCCAUUUUUUGCCUGUCUUUCAUCAGAGUUUCGACUAAUAAGCUCCAUCCUUGGUUUUAUAUACUCUUUAAUUUGGUUUGCCAUCACAGUCUUGCAUAUUGUGCAGUGUCCACAUGGGCAGCUAAUUGGAGCAUAUGAAACAGUUAUUUUCUAUUGGCCUUCCUUGCUGUGUCUGGCUUUCCUCUUAGGCCGUUUUGUUUACAUGUUUGUAAAAGCUCUGAAGAUUCAUCUAGGUUUGGAGAUUCAAAACGAGGAAAGAUCCUUUCUGGAAGUUCAUCAAGCAGAGCAUGUAAAACAACUGAUGAGGAAACCACCAGAACAAGAAAAAGAGAAAUCCUGGUUUCAACGCAGAAUCUAUGAAUGGGAUCCAUAUUUUCAGUUCCCAAGUCGAAUGAUUGGUGCUACUGUGUUAGCUUUCAUCUGCUUAUAUCUUUUCAUUAUAAUUGAAUUUUGCAUGUACACAUACAUUGUACGAGAGCUAGACAUGUUUGAGGAGGGACUGGAGAGCUACAUUGCUUCAGUUAAUGAGACAGGAGUACUGACACCAGCUAUUCUACGGAUAAAGGAGCUGAUUAACGUAGCAAAAGGUGUUUGGAUGCUGACCAUUUUUUCUGCUUCUCUUACUUGUAUAAGCUAUUUAUUUCACAUUUUAGCAUGCUACAGAAAACAUAUAAAAAGGCUGUGGUUAGGUGAGAAAAACUUUAUUCCUUUGAAGUUUCAUAAUCCAUCCUCUUCCAAUAGUGUGGUGGCCAUAGCAAGAUAUUCAGGUUGGCAAAUAGCAUAUAUUUUGUGGGGUUACCUCAUCAUUCAUGUGGUCCAGUGUCUGUUUGGUGUGAUGAUCAUGUAUGGUUUGGUUUUACCAGUAGUUCAUAACCAAGGAAUAGAAAUGCUGAAAGGUUUGGGAAUUGGAAUUCUCACCAUUUCUAUUGUUGUGGGACUCAUGGUUUUACAACUAAAGAUAGCUGCAAGAUUUUUCCUCCAGCCAAAGAUUAAACCUGGAGACAAGCAAAAACCAUUAGCUCUAAAUAAUAGGAAAGCAUUUCACAACUUCAAUUAUUUUCUGUUUUUCUACAAUGUGCUUCUGGGCCUGGGAGCUUGUUUGUUCAGACUAUUUGUCAGUUGUAUCCUGGGAACCUGGUUAAUAGCACGCAUAGACAGGACUAUCAUGCAGAAUGGCUAUGAAGCUGCUGAUAUGGGAUUCCAAGCCUGGGUUGGCAUGCUGUUUGUAGACCAUUAUCAUACCAACCCUGUACUCGUUGGUUUCUGCCAUAUUUUGUUGAUGAGCAACAAUGAAAGGAAACUACAGAAGUCUAUCCCCUACUGGCACUUAAAUCACUCAUCUGGUCCUAGAGUUUCAAUAAAGUCCAGAACAAGAUGGUUCUUGCUGUAUACACUUUUAAAAAAUCCCCGGCUCACCUUGCUCAGAAAACCUAAACCAGCCUUAGGUAUCAGGGUGGCUACGUGGACAAAUUCUGUUGACGUGCUAUAACACCAAAACUGGCACUGGAAUUGUAGGACAGAGGACAUCACAUCAGCCUUCCAGGGUUUCUAAAAGAAAGAGCUCAGAAUGAUGGAAUGCUCCCAGACCACAUGUAAUUAGGUUAUCUCUGGUGAAAGUAAAGGUUACAAUUGGCUAUAAUCUUUCAUGCUGCUUAUAUUUGGUCAGGUGGUUAAAAAAUUCAGGACUCUUUCAUCACAUUAAAAAUCUAAAGAGAUUUUGAACAGUCAAAUCCUGUUUAAAAAUUACUUUGAUUAUGUGGGGCAUGAUGUAGCUUUGAGGGCUCAAAUAACAUCAAGAUUGUUUUUAAAUGAUGAGUAUUAACAAUGAAAGUGGUUCCUAAAUCUGUAGUCUCUUUUAAUUGCAAUGAAUUGUUCUCUGAGAAGUGCAAUCAUGCCUCACAGUAGCCCAUGGAUUCUAUUGCUCCAUUUGUAAUGCAUUUGGCACAGUGCCUGACAAGGAAAGAAGGAAGGAAAAUAAGGAGAAGUAGGAGGAGAAGAAGAGGAGGAGGAGGAGGAGGAGAAGGAAGAGGAGGAAGAAGAGGAAGAGGAAGAAAGGAAGAGGAGGAGGAAGAGGAGGAAAAGGAGGAGGAAGAGGGGAGGAAAAGGGAGAAAAAGAGGGGGAGGAAGAAGAAGUAGAGGAGAAGGAAAAGAAAAGGAAGGGGAAGAGGAAAAGAAAGAGAGAGGGGGACAGGUAGGUGGUACAGCGGAUAGAGUACCAGCCCUGAAGUCAGGUGUACCUGAGAUCACAUCUGGUCUCAGACACUUAACACUUCCUAACUGUAUGACCUUGGGCAAGUCACUUAACCCAACUGCCCCAGCAGAGAGAGAGAGAGA